ACUAUAACCUCGCGCCGAAGUUACGCAGUCCGCUAAAGUUUUCAUCUAAGCGUCCGAUGAAUGAUCGUUUGUAAGUAAAAUGUCCCCCCGUGGACUGUUGUUGCGUGUGCACUUCGCCGGUGCGCUGCUACCUGCUGCUAACCGUUGGUCAUCCGAAGGGCCAUGCCGCGUUCAACGACCGCCCGGAAUGUUGUAGUGACAUUAGAGUGCACAUGAACCACUCUUAAGGAAAAGCCCGAGAACGUGGCCGUUUUUCCUAGAUUAUAACGAGGUUGCCAAUUAUGUUACAAAUUGAAUCCAUUAUAUUAUUGUGUACAAUGAUUGCAUUAACUACAAAUGAUUUACCUAAAAUUCUCGUUUCACUGACCGAUUGCAAUACGGGAAUACCCGCCAUGGUGAAGGCAGCAUAGCGUCUCUUGACCGGACAACCAAUCACGGUGCACUACACUCCCUUAGCCCCGCCCCCAGCCAAGCCCCCUGCGCCAUAACUGGGCGGCGCCAGAGCAAUGAGGUAAUCGGCGUAAACAGUAAAGAUGGCGACUUUUGUAGUCGAAGAGGGGCAACAAAGUCUAAAUGGGAUUAUUUCCGACACGCAAACAAAAAAACUGACCGACCUGCCGACCGAGUUGCUCGAACACAUCCUGUGCUUCCCUGUCCUCAAACAUGACGACGUUUGUAACGUGUCCUGUUGCUGCAAGCGGCUACACGACGUGUGCCACGGAAGGGGGAAGGUCUGGGGACACCAGUACAAACUGAGAUGGCCGAGACUGCAGAUGUUUUACCGUCAGAACGAGUGCUGUGACUGGCUCAGAGAAUACAAAACGCGCCACCGGGUCGGUAUACAAAUACGAAGGACCGUGGAAUCGAUCUCAAGGAGAUUCUUCACAGAAGUCCCUUGCGUUGGCCAGGUGCUGGGUGACAGCUUUGCAGAGAUCGAGUCGCUCGGCAUGCCGGAGCACUUCUGUGAAGACGAGCUGCUCUUCAUACUCCACUCUGAGAAGAGGAAAAGCUUGACCCUGAAGUACUAUGCAAAGAAGAUCCUUUACUUCCUGAGGCAACAGAACAUCCUGAGGAGUUUGAAGACCUUCAUGGAGCAGCCCGCAGAUCAGCAGUCAUCUUUGGAGGGCGCCGUCCUGGUUGAUCAGUAUUGUAACCCCCUUGCUGAUGUAACACUGAACAGCGUAUCAGCCCAGCUGGAUGAGAUCGCCGAGAAGGUGAAGAAGAUGCUGAGGAUCAAGAACCCCUCUCACCCCAGUCUGCGCAUCGCUCAAGGAGACUGUUCCGUCGUGCAGGACUUUGAGCUGCAGAGGCAGGUGGUGUGCGCCCUAAACUCGGUCCUGUAUGAGCAGCUUCAAUACAAAGGCAACGAGUUUGACUACUACAACCCUCUGAACUCUUACAUCCACCAGGUGCUACUACGCCGUACAGGCAUCCCCAUAAGCCUCUCGGUCCUCUACAUCAAUUUAACCCGAAAGCUUGGGGUUCAGCUGGAACCCGUCAACUUUCCAAAUCACUUCCUGCUGCGCUGGUGCCAAAAACCAAAAGGGAGUGAGGACAUCUAUGACUUUGUGUACAUUGAUGCCUUCGGUAAAGGCAAACAGCUGACGGCCAAAGAGUGCGAGUACCUCAUCGGCCACCAGGUGACGGCAGAUUACUACAGUGCCAUCAGCACCACCGAGGUGCUGCUCAGGAUGGUGGGAAACCUGCUUAACAUCGGCAAACGAGGCGAGGGCAAUGAGAAAUCCUACCAGCUGCUGAGAGACUCCCUGGACCUCUACCUAACCAUAAACCCAGAUAAUGUGCAGUACCUGCUGCUGCAGGCGCGCCUCUACUUCCAUCUGGGCAUCUGGCCAGAAAAGGUGCUUGACAUCCUGCAGCACAUCCAGGCGCUGGACCCCUCCCAGCACGGGGCGGUGGGUUACCUGGUGCAGCACACGCUGGAGCACAUCCAGCACAAGAAGCACCCGGCCACGCCCGAGGUGAAGAAGCGCAGCGCGCCGGAGCACCUGGAGGUCCAGUAUUCCGUGGGCCUCAUCAUGAAACACAAGAGGUCCGGAUACAACUGCGUGAUCUACGGCUGGGACCCAAAGUGCACCAUGAGCCAGGAGUGGAUCACCACCAUGAGGGUCCACCAGCUGUCCAACGGCGCCAACCAGCCUUUCUACAACGUCCUCGUGCAGGACGGCACGUGCCGCUACGCAGCACAAGAGAACCUGGAGCCGCACGCGGCGCCCCUGGAGAUCGGCCACCCGGAGGUGGGGCGUUACUUCUCCGAGUUCGCCAACACCUACUACUUCGCCAACGAGGAGCUGCAGACGCGAUACCCGGAGGACGUCGUGGAAACCCUGGGCGCCGUGCAGGAGCUGUACACGAGCCCGGGCCAAAGCCGCCCGCGGGCCGCCGCGCCCGUGUAGCCGCGACCCAUCGCCCCGGGCGCCCACCCAUCCUCGAUUCACGGGGUCCACGAUAACGGGACGUGUGCAGCGCAGCGGUACCAGUUUGAAGCGUUAAAAAAACAAAGGCUUAAAAGGAGAGGCUCCUGUCCGCCUCCGAAAGAGACAAAAAAUACAAAAUAAAAAAAGCUGGGAACAUGCAGCCCAGAAUUGUUACGGUUUCGAUGCACACGUCCGUUGCAACAACAAAGACUCAAAUCCAGUCCGGCCUGGAAAAAUGCAAAAAAUGAUGUGGACGAGUAAAUUCAGGAUGGGUACCUACGUGUUGUACAUCUCCCCUUUUACCUAAAACCACGGAAUGCUCCUUUUUAGCCAGAGCUCCCCAACCCUCGACCCCGACUGCCCAGCUCCCAACACCAGUGAAAUAAGCCCCCAGCAUAUAACACCCCCCCCCCGACCCCCCCCCCACAGUUAAAGACUGUACAGAAGAAACUUUGUAAAUCGACUUCUACUUUUAUUCCCCCAGCGUUUUCCUCACGUUUAAUGCACUUACAAAAGUUAAACUUUCUCAUUUAUGGAUGAUCUUGUUUGUUUUUUUUCUCCUGCGUAUCUACAAGUGAAACGUGUGCUGGCUCAUCGCUGCGUCGCUGAGCCGUUAAUGGAGCAACAAAAGAAGAACCCAAUAACUUAAAAACAGAAAUGACUCGCGCGUUUGAGGAAGUUACCAAAAACAAAUAAAGCGUCUCAACUUUUAAA